AUGACGGUUCCAUUCACCUAUCACGCUAAGGCGCAAUCCACUUUCAAGCCGCCUCUUAUCGCCAACGAAAAUGCUUUCUUAGGCGAUAUCGAAACGAGCGAAAAGGAGAAUCCCGACAAGCCCAUGUCGGCUGGGUUCUAUCGCCUCGAGAAAGGCACCCCGCUAGUGUAUACUUAUACCUAUGACGAAAUGAAGAUCGUGCUCGAGGGCAAGUUUGAGAUUUCCGACGAAACGGGCCAUCAAGUGACGGCGACUCCGGGAGAUGUGCUUUACUUUCCCAAGGGCGCCACCAUCACAUUCACGACCGACGAUUAUGGGCUGGCUUUCUACGUGGGUACCCCAAGGGCUGAGGCUGAGCCGCGCUAA